AUGCACUACUCCUCCGUCUCCCUCGGCGUGGCCCUCGCAGCUGGACUGGCGAAUGCGGCACCCACGCCGGGCAUGUACCAGGUCGACCCGUCUACCCUCUACUCGACUCCCUACAACGAGGGCAAGAUGACGUGGCAAGAGUACUGGCGGACGCAUCCCUACAAGCGCAGCGACGACAUAACCUCUGUAUCCGAGAAGCGAUCGACGAGAGACGUGACCAAGGACGACGGCGAGAUUGUCUGGAACAACGACUCGCCGUCCAUGGUGAAGCGCUCGGCCGAGGUGCCCAAUGUCGUCAUCGACUGGAAGGACGGGAGCGCCGUGGACAAGCGCAACACGAUGCCGGCCGUCGGCGACUCGUCCUUUGUCUUCGAGAAGCGGUCCGCCGAGGUGCCCAAGGUCGUCAUCGACUGGAAGGACGAGGGCUCGGCCAUGGACAAGCGCAACACGAUGCCGGCCGUCGGCGACUCGUCCUUUGUCUUUGAGAAGCGAUCGGCCGAGGUGCCCAAGGUCGUCAUCGACUGGAAGGACGGGGGCGCCGUGGACAAGCGCAACACGAUGCCGGCCGUCGGCGACUCGUCCUUUGUCUUUGAGAAGCGAGCCCAGUUCUGGGGCGAGGGGUCUCAGGGCGGCGCCGCGCAGGCUGAGGAGAAAUAG